AAGCUUCUGGCUUCAGAUCAUUUUUAAUAAGGAAAACCAAAAUAGAAUAAUUACUUACCAAAGACGCGAAUGGCUGGCGGGUGCGAGUGAUUAAAUACGAUUAGAGAGAGAGAGAGAGAGAGAGAGAGAGAGAAAAGCUUGAAACUUUGACGAUUUCGACAUCUAAAAGGAGAUUGUAAUUGACCGCAAGAAAGAGAUUCCUCGGCUCUGUUCGACCCGUUAAAUCGCAUCAAAGCAAGAAUCUUUCAUGACGACCAGUUUCGCAUUCACCGGUGAUGAUGACUCUUCAAAGCAACUCGUCUUGCUUGCAUCCGUUUGUUCCGGCAUGCUCAUGUGCAAAAUCGUUUAUGACUUGACUGGUUUCAUAAGUCCUUUGCUCUUCAGUGCUUAUGGGAAACUCGAUGGCAAAGUUAGAAUGGAAUGGAACAACAGGGGAUUCUCAACGUUCCAUGCUGUUUUUGUUUCUGUGGCUUCAAUCUAUCUCCUGGUGAUUUCAGAUCAGUUUGAUGAGAGUGUUCAUGGUGAUUUAGUCAUCAAUAGUACAACGAGGCUAUCGGAAUCUGUAAUGGGGAUCUCCUUAGGCUAUUUUGUAGCAGACUUAAUGAUGAUCUUUUGGCAUUUUCCUACUCUUGGUGGUGUUGAAUAUGUUUUCCAUCACUGCUUAUCAAUGUUCUCCAUCAUUCUUUCUGUCACAAGUGGACAGGCACAGUUCUACAUAUUCAUGGUUCUCUUAUCGGAGGCCACUACCCCGUUUGUCAACCUACGGUGGUACUUGGAUGCUAGUGGUCAAAAAGGCUCCAAGGCUUACACACUCAAUGGAAUUGCCCUCUUCUUGGGUUGGCUGGUGGCGAGGAUCCUUCUGUUUAUCUACUUCUUUGUACACAUGUACUCCCAUUUCCAUCAGGUGAAGCAAGUGUUUCCACUGGGAUUUUACAGCCUUCUUGCAGUAGGACCGGUCCUGUCAACGAUGAAUCUUCUUUGGUUCUGGAAAAUCACCAAAGGAUUGAUCAAAACAAUCUCCAAGGCGACGGGGAAGAAAAAACAGUGAUGGUCUCUGCUUGACAUGAAAAAAAGGGAUUUGGAUUGCAUUCACUUUGAUCUGUUCAUGAAAAAAGAUUGAUUGAUAUCAUGUUGUUGAUGUGUCUUGGAAGCCUUUUCGGUUUAUAAGACUGCCUUUCUAUGGGAAUUGUAUAUUCACAACCUUCAGCUGUUUCUUAGGUAUUCAACUUGUAAAGUUUUAAGCAGAAUCAGUGUUUCACGUCACUCAGAUUUUAUUGAUGCUAGUUUUAUCAUU